UUCAAAACAAACGGUUAUUUAACCCUCGAUCGUGGGAGGUGAGACAUCUUAAAGUGUAAUUUGUAACAUAGUUAAAUAAGAUUUUAAUUAAUAUGUUUAAAGUUAUAACAGACAAAUGCAUUAGAAGCAAAGCAGUGAAGUAUUUGAAUAGUUUUAGGAAUACCAGUAGACCGUAUGCAACAAGCAAUGAAGUUGUCACUUCGGCUGAUAUUGUUGUUAUUGGCGGCGGUAUCGCUGGAUGCAACACCUUAUACCAACUUACCAAGAGAGGGGUGAAUGCAGUGCUUCUAGAAGGAAACAGGCUAACGAGUGGGACAACAUGGCACACAGCGGGUUUAGUAUGGUCACUCAGACCUAGCGAUUUGGAGGUGAGAUUAUUGGAAGACUCUAGAAAAGUGUACAGUGCUCUAGAAGAGGAGUCUGGGGACUACGCGGGAUGGAUCAACAACGGCGGCAUGUUUAUAUCACGUAGUAAGUUACGCACGGAAGAAUAUUUACGGCUUCAUACUUUGGGAAAGGCGAUGGGAGUGCCGAGUGAAGUCCUAGAUCCAAAUGACGCCCAGAAGUUAUUCCCACUUCUGGAUCCAUCAGUAUUUAAAAUGGCCCUUUACUCGCCUAUGGAUGGUACUAUAGACCCGGCAAUGGCAUGCAAUGCGCUUGUUAAAGUAGCGACUAAAAAUGGUGGAAAGAUAUAUGAAGACUGUCCUGUGAUUGACAUACAUUAUGCGCACAAUAUAUUUGGGAACAAAGAGGUGACUGGUGUACAUACAGAUAAAGGAUUUAUUAGAACCAAAUGUGUUGUGAACUGUGGAGGUGUUUGGGGUCCACGGAUAGCAAGAUACGCAGGAGUGCCAUCAUUGCCCAUAGUUCCGUUUAAACACGCUUACGUGGUUUCCGACGCUAUACCAGAGAUCCGUGGCUGUCCAAAUAUACGAGACCACGACGUUAACUUGUAUUUCAAGAUACAGGGAGAAAGUUGUAACAUUGGUGGAUAUGAAAUGAAUCCUAUUAUGUUGGAUCAGGUUUCAGAUAGUCAACACUUCCACCUGUACGAUCUGGACUGGGACGUUUUCAGCGUCCACAUGAACAGUGCGACGUCCUUAUGUCCGAAACUCGGCAACGUUGGUGUUAAAAGCACUGUUUGCGGACCGGAAUCCUUCACUCCUGACCAUAAGCCGUUAUUAGGCGAAGACCCUAAUGUAUUCGGUUUAUAUCACAACUGUGGCUACAAUUCAGCCGGCAUGAUGUUUUCGGCGGGCUGUGGUAUACAGCUGGCGGAAUGGAUUUUAAGUGGAAGACCCGAUUACAAUAUGUUCACAUUCGACGUGUGUCGGUUCACACCAGGCCAACUAUCCCGACCGCAUUGGGUGCGCGAGAGCAGCCACGAGUCAUACGUCAAGAACUAUAGUGUGGUGUUCCCCAAUGAUGAGCCACUCGCUGGAAGGGACGCGAGUCAUGACGCGUUGCAUCAAGAGCUUAUUGAUGAUGGUGCUGUGAUGCAGGCUAGAGCCGGCUGGGAACGACCCGGUUUCUUCAUGUUAGGGGAAAAGAUUCGAGUCCAGCAGUACGACUGGGGCGGCGUCAACGACUACCCUCGCAAUUUGGAUACCCGUUACGAAGAAGUUCUUAAAGGAGAUUAUACAUUCGGAUUUUCGAAACAUCAUGACUUGAUCGGCGCGGAGGCUUUAGCGUGCAGGAAUGCCGCAGCGAUGUUCAAUAUGUCAUACUACGGCAAGCUGUACCUGACCGGCCCCGACGCACAGAGAACUGCCGAACUGGCAUUCACCGCUGAUUUGUCCAAGGAAAAGAACAGGAUUGUGUACACUCUUCUCUUGAAUGAGAAGGGAGGUGUGGAAGCCGACUUGACUGUCAGCAUCCUUGACGGAGGCCUGGGUUCGCUACACGAACCUAUAUUUAAAGGUCGCGGAUACUACUUGGUGACUUCGGGUUUUAGUGCGAACCACACUUCGUCCAUACUCCGCCGUGUCAUACACAAGUACAAGCUCCGCGCCAACAUCACCGAUGUCACAAAGCAACUCUGUAUUCUUGCAAUACAAGGGCCUGAUAGCCAACGCAUUCUCCAACGGUACACCGACGCUGGUUUGUCCAACGACGCGUUUCCACUAUACACUCACCGCAGCAUAGGAGUCACUAAGGCACCUAAUUCCCCUGACAAUAAGACCUAUACUUGUCGAGCACUGCGCGUGUCAUGGGCGGGGGAACUAGGCUGGGAGCUGCAUAUACCUUCCUCACACGCCAUACAAGUCUAUAAAGCCUUGCGGCAGGCGAAGGGACUGAGGAACGCCGGAUGGAGGGCAUUGACGUCGCUCAGUGCUGAGAAAGGUUUUCACUUAUGGAAUUCUGAUUUGAGGACAGACGAUAACCCAAUAGAGUCAAACCUGGGGUUUGCAUGCCGCAAAGAUGGCGAGUAUAUCGGCAAUGAAGCUGUAUCAAAAGCGAAAAAGAACGGAGUUACCAAAAAAUACGCUUACUUCACUCUUGAUGAUAAGAUACCGUUGUUUGGCCAGGAAGCUAUAUUCAGGAAUGGUGUGCCAGUUGGAUAUGUUCGAAGAGGAGAUUAUGCAUUUUUCCUGGAUCAGCCCCUAGGCAUAGGCUAUGUAUCCAAUAAUGGGUCAGUAGUUACAAAUAAUUACCUUCAAGAUGGCAAUUACGAAAUUGAAGUUAUGGGCAAGCGGUAUAAAGCCAACUUGCAUCUAAGAUCGCCAUUUGACCCAACAGGGCAAAGAUUGCUAGGAAAUUAUGGGGCUCUGGGUAUGGAUGAAAAUACGCAUGAACCACACGCUGGACAAAAUGAAAGAGCAGGAGGUAGCGAAUAGAUUAAUAAUGUGAUCUCAAUAAAGAAUAAUUAGCCGAUAAAAAAUGA